UGGGUGAACAACUUUGGCCAUGAAGGACUGGGCCUCCUCUUGGAUGCAUUGGAUAAGUUGCUGGAUAAGAAACAGUAAGCAUCUCACGUUACAAUGACUUCUCCUCUCUCAAUACGCCCUUAAUACUGUCUAACUCUAUUCUCCUCUGUCGUAUUCUCAUUCUUCUCCUUUCUCCUGUAUUUUUCAGGCCAGAGAGUAUAGACAAAAAGAACCAGCACAAACUGAUCCAGUGUCUCAAGGCCUUCAUGAACAAUAAGGUUUGCACGGGUUGGGUUGGUCCAAGGCUUUCAUUCAAAAAGUUUUACUUUCAGUGGUUUUUCUCGAUUCCUCAGUGUUUUCAGGUAGCCAUAUAUCAGGAUUCAAUUGGCACCCAAUGUUGGCCCUCAACCACUUGAACAAUCAUUGUGAUCUUUUUUCCGCCUUUUACAUCGGCUCACUGUAAUUUGAAGAGGGAAGAGAAGGACAGGAUGAUGCAGAGGUGGUUCUGUAUUCACCUUGAAGUGCUACAAACUAUAGACUGAAGUUCUAUAGAUUCAAUGCCUCAAUUUCAAUGGCAAAACUGAAAAUAAUUCAGUUUUAUUCACAUUGAAAGAGUGGUAGAAAUGAAAUGAAUGAAAAGGGAUAUCAUUUUAUACCGAGUAUGUAGGCAUCUCAAAAUCCUGUAUGGUGAAACCAGGUUGGCUGUUUUUCCUAUCUAGAAUGGAUGGACUGUGACGAGUGCUAUUGGGGCGGCAGGUAGCUUAGUGGUUAAGAGCGUUGUGCCAGUAACCGAAAGGUCGCUGGUUCUAAUCCCCGAGCCGACUAGGUGAAAAAUCUGUCGAUGUGCCCUUGAGCAAGGCACUUAACCCUAAUUGCUCCUGUAAGUCGCUCUGGAUAAGAGCGUCUGCUAAAUGACUAAAAUGUUAAAUGUAAUUGUGGACAAGUAAAGCGCAGCUAAUUUGCCAUAUUCAACCCAUUGACUCCAAGUAUUUCAUUAUUCCUUUUUGGGAAGCAGCACUGUCUCAUUUUUGGAAAAUAGCACAUUUCAAGGAUGGAUGAGCUAUUGCUAUUGCUACCCUUUAACAAAAUCCCCAUAUGUGGUCAAAUAUGCCCAUUACUUGUGUCCGAGAUAGAUAGAUUUAAAGUUAGGGGAGGACUUUAAGUAUUGGUCCCAACAGCCCUGACCUGAAUUGGCUUAAUACAUCAUAUUCUCCAUUUUCUCUUGGUCUUUAUGUCCCUCUUUAAAGAGCAUUAGGGCUAACUAUUACUUAUAUUAGAGGUUCUUUGUAGUGGUUCCUUUUUUAACUGUACAUGAGCGUUCUCCAUGAAUGCAAAUGCUCUCAUUCAAUUAUUCCCAAUGGACACUUUUUAUUUUAUUCCUCUCUUACACGUCUUCUACAGUAUGGACUGCAAAGGAUUCUGGGAGAUGAGCGGAGCUUGCUUCUCCUGGCCAGGGCCAUUGACCCCAAACAGACCAGUAUGAUGACAGAGAUUGUCAAGAUCCUCUCAGCUAUCUGCAUCAUUGGAGAGGAAAACAUGUAAGUUCACCGCAACAUUCAACACUAAUCCACCAUUAUAAUAUCCUCAAUGUCACGCUUCUCUCAGUGCCAGCCAUUGUCUUCAUUACCACUUCUCCCCCUAGCAACACUAAUUUCUAUAAUCACAUCAAGGAAAUACAUUUGUAGACAACCUGUCACUGGCCCUAGCACAAUAUAUUCUGUGCUCUCAUAUUACAUUUGCAGCGAGGGCGUUGAGAUGUACCGGAGCUCUGUCGGUUAGCAUGUUCUGAUUUAGCAGUUUGGGCUGUGUAAUGUAUUUAAGUGCUCAGUGUUGUUGACCAUGAACACACUGUUUGGUUGACAGAAUAUAAAUUGAAUCCAGGGGAGCUCUUUUGUAUUGAGCUGGACUAAAAUAACAAUGGGACUUCAAAGUAGCUCUGCAUGCAGCGGAGGAAAAUAAACAAACUGACAAAUACGAGAAUCUAGUUAAAACUGUUUCUCACAUCAGCCCCUGCCGAAUGUCUCUGUGUGACCGCGGUUUUGGCCCCUGCUAUGUUUAAUCUAGGAAUGUAAAAUGACUCGCCUGAAAUGAAUCUUCUAGUACUAACUAAGCUGCCCUCAUACCCAAUUUCCAAUAUACUUCAAAAAAACACACACACACACACGUGCGUAUGUGUGUUGAAGAUAACUGUCACAAUCCUCCCAAUGAUCACAGCCCACUUUAAGCAUGCACAGCUGAUUGACGGAAAAUAGAGCUGAGGCCUCACUUUCCGAAAAGAAAAAGUAAAGGGUUGGGUGGUACUGGGUGGGUAGUUUCCUCCCGCAUCUUCCCUCUCUUUGCUCCUCUGCCAGACUAUUUUGGAGCGAGGGGGGAAGAUCACAGGCAUGGCUGGGUCGUGAGCCAUCCUCCCUCCUUGGGGACCCGUGAACGCUUCAGCGCCCUGGAUGGCAAAGUUGAGAGAAUCAGAAAAAAAUUAUGUGCUGAGAAAUAAAUAUAAAACAAGAGCUCUCUCUCUCUCUCUCCUCUCUCUCUCUCUCUCUCUCUCUCUCUCUCUCCUCUCUCUCUCUCUCUCCCUCUCUCUCUCUCUCUCUCUCCUCCUCUCUCCCUCACUCUCUCUCUCUCUCUCUCUCUCUCGCUCUCUCUCUCUCUCCCUCACUCUCUUUCUCUCUGUCCCUCACUCUCUUUCUCUCUCUCUCUCUCUCUCUCUCUCUCGGUUGUGCUUCUCCUGUGUAUAGAAUAUAAAAGCUUGACAGCAAACCAUUUCCAACCCCGAUGAGAGAGGUCCCGACGACUGAUGGCGUGAUAAAGCGACGCCAGAUAAAGACGUGGCUCGGCAUCAAAAAACUUUUGUUUGCUGUUUACUAAAGUGGCUAUUUAAACUAUCUUCACCUACUUGUGUGCAGGCACAUAGCAACAACUUUUUUUAGUGUGAGGCCUUAGUCUGAAAUUGCCCAAAUCAUUACUCAGCAAUGUUGCCGUGAGCUUUCGCAACAAUAGGUAUUUUUAUAAAUGAGUCCUGUAGCCUUCUCCCUGCAAUAAUUUGCUCCUGCCCUGGCAUCACAAACUGCAUUUUAUUAUGAAUAGCUUUUACAAUGGAUGAUAUCAGCUACACAGGCUUUCUCUGAGCAUUACUAGAUCAAUGAAGACUAAAGCAGAUCAAUUGGAUACCUAUAAUGACUCAGGCCAGUCAAUUUGUCUUGGGUCCCCAUAGAACGUCCCUGAUGAAGACAAGGGGACAGAUGAGAUGAUAUAUGAGGUGGAGGUGUGAGUAAAUGUCUGGGGGUGGGGCGAUAAAGGCGUUUGUUGACUUUUCAGUCUUUUUGUUUUCUCUCAGCCUGGAUAAGAUCCUGGCUGCCAUGACAAUUGCAGCGGAGAGGAAUAACAAGGAGAGAUUUGCUCUGAUAGUGGAGGGACUGGAGAAUCACGAGGCCCAACAGCUCCAGGUCAGUAUAUACAACCCCUAUUGGACACACACACACAGUCACAAACUCACACUUCGUGCAAAUCCCAUUGACAACAGUGUGUGAUUUAUGCGUGACAUUGAGUCAUGUACACCUUUCUCACAUCUUUCCAUUAGAACCUCAUAAAUAUCCACUUCAAUCCACAACUCUCUUUCAACCUGCCCUUUACGGAGUAGCACAUGGUGCAAUUUCUGUAUUAUUUCAAUGCUAGUCUGCUUGGAUUCGAGUCAUACAUCAAUAUUAUGUUUAUCAACCUUUCCAAGUUCUAACUAUGACCUCAACCUGUAGGCCUCUGAGGCAAGUUGUGGAAAGAAACAUAUUUUUAAAACUCACAAAUAUGCACAUCACACAUAACAAAGUAAAAUCAUUAGGGUCUGUCAUGUCAUGUGCAAUGGAGAGAACUCGGCUCUAGUCAGUGUCAUUCUCACAAAUGGCCCCUUGGCUUGGAGCCGGUGUUUGACACGGAGGGCCAGGUUGAAAUUGACUGUUCUGUCACUCAGGGGUCUACUGUACCUCAGCCCCUGUUGACGGUUACACACAUUUCCUCUCCCUUGCCCUCCUGGCUUUGUGUCUGCUUGUCAACCUCUGGCACCUAAGCUGUUUGCUGGGAGUCAACCAAGGGUUCUCUCUCCUGGCCUAAUCAACACCACCCGCUUAACUAGAGGAGCUCUACCAGAACUGUUUUACUCUCUUUUAAGGAUUAUUUUGAGAACUCUUUUAAGAACUCUGAAAUAUAACACAAGACCAAAAGAGAGAUGUUGACUUCCUGAGAUGUUUUAUCCCAUUCUCGUAACAAAUAUGUUUCUGCUUUUUCUCAGUGUUGUUGAGACGGGUCUCUGAGGACCCAGAGGAAAAGGGCAACCAUGCAGCAACAUACCUGUCUUUACUUCUGUUGUUUUCCCUUCACUGUUUCUUUCUCUGGCACUUUUUUGCAAGCAGUCUUUUUUUAUUUGUAGGUGGGGGGGACUAUGGGAUGGAGAUAAGGGAGGAAGGGGUGAUGGGGAGGGAGGGAUGGGGGGAUGGAGGGAUGGGGGAAGGAAGGAUGGGGAAGGAGGGAUAGGGGAAGGAAGGAUGGGGAAGGAGGGGAGGUAGAAAUCCUUGGAUUGUGCUGGCCUUGUUUUCCUCCUUCAUAAAAUGUCCGCUAAUGAAAAGGGCCACCGCUAAUUGUGAAGUAAAUUAAACUACCUUGCUGAUGCAUAAGGUUCAAAGAAAUUAGAAUACUUUUUAUAAACCUUGUGAUGGUGCUGUGGAGCCUGACUUUGUUAAUGUGAUUAAAAUGGGUUUUGCUGCGGUUCGGGCUUUGCUCUCUCCGCUGCAGAGAGAAAGCCAGCAUGCAUCCCGACUUUAAACCGUCCCAGCAGUCCCACUUUUAAUUACACUGACAGAAACCUCCUACGGCAAGCAUGGCUCACAUGAUGCCUGAGCUCUCUUCUCGCACCAUUGCUAAACCCCAAAAACAAGCACCACAAUAACCCUUCUCGAACCAAUUCCACACAACAAACAUGGUUGAGGUUUGUCUGCUUCGUACAAUAGAAGUAAAAAAAAUUAACAUUGAGGGAGCUUUAUGGGCCUAGUCACUCAUCCAGACUAAAUAACUCUCGAAAUAGCUCUCUUCCUUUUGAAAGAAAAAAAAUGGAAGUAAAGUAAUGGGAGUGAAGUUAGUGACAUUUCAGCGAGGCUUCCAGUGUAGCGUCCCUGGUGGGUAGACUUCAGGCUUGGAUGCCCAGCUCUUGGUCCAAGGCUCUGGAGGUCCUAUUGGAGCGGUUUGAUGUCUGCUAUGUUGCUGCUGCCUGACACCAUUGGCAUGUUCUCAAAGCCACGGUCUCAUCCCCUUCCACCCCACCCCACCAGUAGGGCUGGUGCAGCACAGAACAACCUUGGAAUUCUCCUUAAGCAUACUGCUUUCCCGGGGCGUGGCAGGCCUGGCACAUAUGUAAAGAGUCUCCAUUAGCACUGACACGUCCCCAUAAACCAUAACACCAGGUUCCCUCACUCCACUGGAUUAAUACAAACCUGUUCGAUCCCACUGUCCCCCGGCUAUAGAAGGGGGGGGAAACACACCGAAAACAAACCAAUGCUGUUCAUUCCAGAUGGCUAUUAUUCCCUAUCGCCAAGCGAAUUCCCACUAAUUACGUUCUCCGAGGGCAUGAAUUGGGCUAGCGUGAUGAUUGUGUGUGUGUGUGUGCCUGUGUGUGGGUGUGCGCGCGCGCGGGUGUGCGUGUGUUUGUCUGUAAGCCUCUCGCCAGGAAAAACACCUACAGGAGGAAUCGGUGUGAAAAACAGCCAAGCGACAGCAUUCACUACGACCCGUUAAAAAAAAGAUGUGGGCCAACACAAACAUGCCGAUAGAGGUUUUCUAUAGGCUACUUUUCACAUGCCAAUCACGGAGAACCUUCAGCUCCUGAUCGAUCCGCCUGUGGGAGGAACACUCCGUCUUCUCCUGGUGCUGCUCCCCGGAGCCACCUUACAGCCCAUUAAGGCCCAUCAGCAUUUUCCUCUUCCUCCCAUCCUCCCAUCCCUCUUCUCUUCCCUAAUCCAAUAAAUCAAUUACAAAUGCACAUCUGGUCAGUAAACUCCCCAGACCUCUUCUCUUUUCCACUUCCUCUUACCCUCUACUUCCUUUUUGCUGCCUCUACACCAGAAUCAGACUAUGGUCUAUCUCUGCUCUCUCCUCUCCUCUCCUCUCUCCUCUCCUCUCCUCUUUCCUGUCUUAACUCUUCAUGUUAAGUAGAAUGAAUGCCAUAAAUGCGUUCUCUCUAACAGUCUCUCUGGCAUGUGUGUGCUGGACAACAGGUGGCCUGCAUGCAGUUGAUCAACGCUCUGGUCACCUCUCCGGACGAUCUGGACUUCAGGAUACAUCUGCGAAACGAGUUCCUCCGCUGUGGCCUCAAGAAGAUCCUACCGGUGAGUUACAGUACAAGGGGCUCUACGUCAACACACCUUCAGGGGCAUAGAGAUACAUUCAAUUGGCAGUCUAGAUAUCAUCUGUGUGUUGUUUUACAUGCAUAAAACCUCUCUUAGCAAGUGAGAGUAUAGUGAAUGGUGUCUGUGAGUAUUGACGUUUUUGGGGCCAUGAAGGACAUUACAGGAAGCUGAGGACAUCCCUGUAUACUUCUAUACUGUAUGUAUACAUCUGAGUUGAGGCAGAUUUGGACCCGAAACUCUCUGAUGAAACAGUCCGCUACACAUUUCCCAAUUGGGACAAUGAAUGAUUGACUACCCCUCCAACUCCCAUUAAACAGUUAGUCUUAGGCCCUAGUCCUCCCUGCCUCUCCCUGUUUGCCUGCGAGAGACGAAGCUCCUUCUGUCUCGCCUCCACAUUGCUUCCAUUAUUAUAUUGGAGCGUUCUAGCUCACCUCACCGCAGGCACCACCUCACUGAUCACAGCUCGCCAUGGCAUCAUUAUCAAUCAGCAGACAGAUCCUUGCACUCGGCAUCCACUCAUCCCUCAUGACCUCAUUUGCAGAGGGGAAUUUGCCACGUGUUAAUAAGUCAUCUUGACUGCUCCGCUUGAUUAUCGCUGUCAUUAGUUUAAUUAUCUUCAUAUCUGCCCCCCGAUAUGAUGGAGUUUCCUUUACAAUCAUUUAUAAAUGCCGCAUUUGACGCUUUAAUGCCGGCAUUUAAACUGAGGCGGGGCCCACUAAUUGUGUAAUGUUGUGGAGCCAAUACAGUCAGGUGACCAAGAGGAAAGCUAAAGUGAACCAGUUCUAUGAUAAAGUACUGAGAGGUUGCUAUUGGCCCAGAGUCCUUGAGACCUCUCCUUUCUGUGGCACUGCAUGCUACCUCCCUCUCCGAACCGGCGUUUCCCAAGACGGAUGGCAUGCCCGAAGAGCAGCGAGGUGAUUGAUAGCUGCAGAAAUUGGGUUACAUUUGGCCUGGUGCCGUCUGUAAACUCUUAACGCCGAUGAUUCAUAGGAAAGUUGUAAAGUGCACCAUUAUAGCCCCUCGUGGAGGGAGCAGGUGUGGAGCGCUGGGCGAUUCAGGUAUACCAGGCCGGCAGGGAAUGAGAGGAAUGGGUGUCCUAGUUCCCAUACAGCUGUGACUUGGAAACCAGCAUACACUGGUCUCCGUUAAUGGAACCAGUAUAGGCUAGUACAAUCAGGUUAGGUUUGGUUUAUUUACGUUCUGAUAACACUGUGUAUAAUUUAAUCCAUACUAUAUAUACAUUCAGUCCUCUAUUGACUAUUACCACAGUCUAUUCAUGUCUCUCUGAAUUACAGGAGCUGGAAGAGACAGAGGAGCUGGACAUCCAACUGAAGGUGUUCAACGAGAACAAGGAGGAGGACUCCAUUGAGCUCUCCCAUCGCCUCGAUGACAUCCGCGCCGAGAUGGAAUAUCCUUUUGUCUGCCCGUGCUGCUGCACCGGCCAUGGAAAAGGGCUGCUGGAAAUGAGUGUAUUGUGGGGGCCUUGCCAGGCUUACAGGUUUAAAGCCGGCAUGGUCGGGUUCAUUAGAGAAGGAUUUGAGGAACUAUAGUGCAAUAAAAGUUUUAGUGCGGUUGUUUUGGCUGGCACACAGAGGUCCAUCUUCAGUAACCUCUUUGUUUUGUCUCGUUAAUCACACCUGUGUCCAAUUGAGCAAGUACUUUACCUUUCUCCCGCUCCCUUUUAGCUAGAUAUGACAAGUUGGUGUCUCCAAGUCGACCCUCUAUGUCCGCUCAACUGGAAACUUUUUGAGUGGUUAAUAAAGUGAGCCCUAAUUGGGUCUCGAGUUUAAGACUUGUUUUAAAGCAUUCUUGGCUAGGUGCCUAAAUAAUUCAAGCAGCUUCUCUAAGGGCAUUUGGAUGUGUGAAACGCUGACAUGGUAGGCAGACACUGUUAUACAGAUGUUCUCACUGCUAACCUUUGUCUCCCCAAAUCUCACAGUGCUCGAAAAUCUGCCACUGAGUGCUGCGCUGAGUGACAGUUACUGUUGACGCUCUGAGAGAAAGAAAGGAAAAGAAGAAAAAAAACACCACACCUGGAUUAAUGAUAUGCUUGAGCAGGUUCACAAAUGAGAGGGCCCAAUGUUUGUUUCCAAGGACAACGUGAUGUUAAUCUGUGCUAUCUCUAGUCUCUGACACACACAAACAUGCACACAUACACACACACACAAGUAGCUUGUAGCUUGUUUUCCCUGCCUCAUGAAUACUAACACUGAGAGGCACGUCUCCUCUGUGUCCAGCCCAGGUCUGGCUGCUGAGGAUGUGACUUCAGGCCACUAAUGAAUAUUAAUGAUGGUGUGAAAUAGUGAUUGAUUGACCCUACCACUGACUAGUCCACAUCUCACCUCCACUGCUGCUCAUGUUUAUUCAUGCUCCCCAGCUCCACAACAUGAGUAGAAGUAAAAUGUAGAGAGAGAAGAGAGAUAGAGAUUGAGAGAGAGAAAUGUGGGCCUUUGGAUUUGCAUUGUUCUGUAGGUAGAGCUUUUUUUCAUGUUUGCUGCUUACUGAUAGAUGUAGCUGCUUGAACCGUUUCUUACUCAUAGAUGUAGCUGCUUGAACCGUUUCUUACUCAUAGAUGUAGCUGCUUGAACCAUUUCUUACUCAUAGAUGUAGCUGCUGGGAUCCUUUCUUACUGAUAGAUGUAGCUGGUUGGACCCUUUCCCAGUCUGGGCUUCUACUCUACUAAUGUCCCCCCUCAGAUAGUGGUGUGGCGAGACCAUAAUUACAUCUCACCGGUUUGGUAAUUCUCAUCGGCUUCUUCCAGGCUCAUACAGGAGUGGGAAGCUAUACUUCACAGAAGCCUGUAUUUCCAUCCCCUGCACUCGCCGAAUUUGAUAUGGGAGAACUAUUUUGAUUACAGACGUGGCUGAAGUUAAUAGGAAAAUGUCAGACGGUGUUAAAAAGGAUUGAUUUGCACUGAUGGCAGUGGAUGGAUCAUGUGGUGUAUGAAAUAGUGGGAACAGUUGUAGAGUAUGGAGCAGUGUUCUGUCAUUUUGGGUGUGUCAUGUCUUUGCAUUGGUUGUCAAGUGAUGUUCUUUCACGCUUAAGUAACUUUUCAGAAGUGAUCAAUACUCAAUUGUCAUUCAACAGUCUUUUGAGACGAUGAACUUAACAGUUUUCCAUCGUAGCGGAUAUAAUUUGCUUUAAACAACUUUGACGGGUCCACACAACUUUGACAUGGCCUAUUUAUGUAGCUAAAAACCCCGAAACGAAGCUCGUCCAACCAUGUCCUCUCCCCUUAUCUGAGGAAGCCAGGCCCUUGGUCCUUCCUUUUAAGCCCUCUGGACUAAACAAGAACACAAAUCAGAUAUCUUUAUUUACUGCUGGGUGACCACAGACAAAUGUGAAUGAAUGCAGAGCCACUGACUGUGAAAGUGUUUUAGCUCAGACAGUGUAUAACGUCGCAGUCAGGGCGUAAAUAUUUCAGCAGACAUUGUUAAAACGCACACUUCAUAUUAUGACGGCAAUCAGUUUUUCAUCCUUCCCAGCUUAACACUGCACUAUUCCCCCUCACUCUAUUCCCCCUCACUCUAUUCCCCUUGUUUUCUGCAUGUGUGCACAGAUUGAAAAUAAGGCUGUUUUUAUUUUAGUUUUAUUACAUGCUUUUCAAACAAGAUGAAUAUCCACGGGAGGAUCCUUUCUCAAGCAAACAGUUUUGUAUAAGCCCCCUCAAGCUAUUUAUUUAUCUAAAUUCUUUACAGUUUUGGGACUGGGUUUGUUGUUAGUUCGAAGAAGAUCAAAUGUAAUCUUGCUAUAGAUAAAAAUUAAAUGUGAAUAUUCCUCGUAAACACAGAUGAUAUACAAUAUUCUGUAAUGUGAUAUUAUUCUGAAAUCCCACUUGGAUAUUAUGUUUAAACACAUGCACAUCUCAAGAGAAAUAACUUUUUCCUUGAUUUGAACAUUGCUCCCUUUGGUUUCAAUUCCAUACAAAUCAACUGUGAGAUGUUGUGCCAAGCGCUCCAUUUUGCAGCCUCUGACAGUUCUUGAUCUGAAACAAAUAGCCACCAAUCCAACUCAGAGAAAUGGACAUAAUGAAAUUAAAAAUACACCACAGACAGUGAUUUCUUAUCUGAUUCAACAACUAUUUUAGACAUCACAAGCCAUUGCUUGCGCUCCUUGGGGAGACAUAUAAUCAGUACCUUUAGUUUAAUAACACAUAUUUUCACUUCGACGGACAAGGCACAAUCUGAGGCAAUAUUUUCCACAGUGACUGAUCCCCUUUUCAUGAUUCUGCCUAAAUAUUCAAACCCAUUGGAGUUUUCAUGUGAUUAAUGUCCUCCUCCUUGAAAGGCGCAGAGUGGAACACAGGGACUGUUCUUUAUUGCCAAAUCCCCUCCUAAAGUUAGCUGUUUACUCUGCCGCUCCCGAGAGGGAAAACAAAUGUGAGGAAUCGUCGCAGUGUUUGCUUGUGCACAAUGACACCUGUCUGAGUACUAGAUCGAGAUGGGUAAACAAACACUGUGAUUUGAGGAUCUAUUGACAUUAUUCUGAUGGAUUUUAGAAUGCACUGCCACUGUCACUAUAUUAUUAGUUUGACAUAUAAGCACAUAUUUAAGCACUCCUUCAUCCCCAUGUCCAUCUAAUACCUAAACAGCAAUAGGUAAAGCUGAGCUGUGUUUAUAUGCCACUGACAGAAUAAGGGAAUGUGAAAAGUAUUAUGUAUGUGGCUAUAUGAGAAGUGUUCAAAUCAAACUGUAUUGGUCACAUACACAUAUUUAGCAGAUGUUAUUUUGGGUGUAGGGAAAUGCUUGUUACAAUGUGUAUAAUAUGUGUGAAUGUGCUUUUCCCCUUGGGGACAUUAAAGUUAAUCCUAUCCUAUAUGAGGAAAGGUAGUGAAAGGUUAUAAGGGACUUGGUUAGAGAGGGCACAUGAAUUGUAAAUGUUUUGCCUGCUUUAAAUCCGCUAGUCUGUCAUAGUAGCCUACUGCUAUUGCAAGCUGUUUUCUCUCAACUGUUUGCUCUACAAGCUACACUGCCAUGACAUUAUAUACCUUAACCCCCUUCUCACUGAUAUGGGUGAGGUGUACCAUAUCCUGUCCAAUAUGGUGAAAGACACAGGGUCGGAGACCUACUUCCUGUCCAUCCUACAGCACCUCCUGCUCAUCAGGAACGACUACUACAUCAGGUGAGUUCUGCCCACAAGCAGCCACAUCCCUUCUCACUGCCUUCAGAGGAAGACUGCAUUUCCACAAGACUGUUCUUGAGAAAAGCAUAAGGCUGAAAUGUCGACAUUAAACAGUCUCUACUCUAUUCACACUUCUUGUUUUCUUUUUCAAUAGUAUGUAGCCCCUAUAAGGCAUACACUUUACUGUGUAGCGCUGCUGCGCUAAUGCUGCAUUAUCAAUGCAGAAACCUCAAGGACGUCCUCUCCUUGACACCGCAUUCGAGUAAGGUCAGAUAACGAAACGCGCCUGACCCCUGUCGAUAGCAGUGUGCCACAACCCUUGUAAAACUACAGUACUUCCUAUAGCGAGUGCUAUUCUCAAAGCCUUGCCAUCUCCCAUCUCCCAGGGGAAGGAAUGUAAGCAUUCAACAUGAAAGAUUCACAUGUCCAUUUUCUCCUCUCAGGGCGUCUCUCUCUCUCUCUCUCUCUCUCUGUCUCUUCUCUCGGUAUCAGAGCAGAUCUAAUAUUCUGUACUUUUGAACAAUUAAGUUAUUAUUCAAAUGGCGGCCCGGCUCUGGAUCCCGCCUCGGCAGUGUAAAUGUGUCAAUCACAGGAAAAAAGAGGGAGACAGUGACGGCUCCUCUGAUGGCAAUGACAGUGAUCAAUUCACUGCUGUGUCAGACUUUUCGCAGAAAUAAAAUAUUUAACAAAAAAUUGAGAGAAGACAAGAGGAAUUUACCAUAGACAAGUUGCUGCUCACUCGGCUGGUAUAAAUAAUGCAUUCCUCAUCUUGGUGGAGAAAGUGAGAAAUAGAAAACACAUUAAGUAGCUAGUGCAGCACAGUACCUCAGCACUCCUCUCUGUGUCUUUCCCCCACUACUGACGCCAAUGCUCUUCACCACCGACAGUAAAAAAAGGAUCACUACAAAUGCUAAUUAAAAAUGGAUGUACUUAUUAAAGAUAUGCUUUUAAAAAUACAUUUCCCACCACUCUCCCUCCUUCCCUACUCCAUGAGCAAGACAUAAUUCCACAUACAUCACCGGGCUUUGCGAGGUGCGGUCGGUCUGACGCAAUGUUCUAUAUCCAGCUCAGGCCUCAAUUCAUCAUCAAUACAUCAUUUUUCGGCCACUUUGAACCAGCAUAUCUUUUUAUGUUUCAGAUUAAAUUGGCUGAUUGGGAAAUGGUAGGUCUUUAAUUUUAGAUUAAAGGGAGACCUUAAGAUCAUUUUUGGCUUUGAUUACCGUAUCUCUAUUGGGAUCCGGGGAGGGAGGAAGUGGGCCACUCGCAGUCGCUGUCAGGCCAAAUCAGGUGAUGGAGCAAAACAUGUCCAUAGGUGUAUGCAAUGGCUUCCUGAUCAAAGGGACGCAUAACAUGCCUAUGCCAAUAUUCCAGCAGAACGGGGACUUUGGUUUCAAAGGUGCUAUGUUUUAUACAUUUUAAACAGGACAGCCAUGUACCCUGUUUCAACAGGACAGCCAUGUACCCUGUUUUCAACAAGACAGCCAUGUACCCUGUUUCAACAGGACAGCCAUGUACCCUGUUUCAACAAGACAGCCAUGUACCCUGUUUCAACAAGACAGCCAUGUACCCUGUUUCAACAGGACUGCCAUGUACCCCGUUUCAACAAGACAGCCAUGUACCCUGUUUCAACAGGACAGCCAUGUACCCUGUUUCAACAGGACAUCCAUAUACCCUGUUUCAACAGGACAUCCAUAUACCCUGUUUCAACAGGACAUCCAUAUACCCUGUUUCAACAGGACAUCCAUAUACCCUGUUUCAACAGGACAGCCAUGUUUCAACCCUCUGAUGAACUUCAGGUUCAAAACACAGGGCAGACAUCUUGACAAUACUUGUGUGUUAAUUUUGGAGGAGCACCUCUCGAAGCCAUCACCAAUUGUCGCAUCAACAAUUCCUCUUCCCGUCCUCGGAGGGUGAAGGGGGGGGGGGCUUGUUUUAUUUUCGAUAAUUAAUCUGCGAGUGCCAUGCUUAAUGAAUGGGAGCAAACCCCUGCUAAAUAUAGAGCAGAUCUCCUAUUUUGGAGCAGAGCGAUAUGGGGAUUACACUGGUUAUGUGGAGCAGGGCUGGACCAGGGACUGCGAGGGGAGUUUGUGCUGCUGCUAGAAGCCAAAUGUCAUGUGGAGGGGGAAGGUGCCAGAGUGAAGGAGUGAAGGAUGAUGCUGGGGACAUAUGUUGGCUUCUGGAGCCCAGCCUUGCCCAGGCUCUGGUGGGGCCUGACAGUUCUGGGUCACUCGCUCGCUCCUUCCCAUUCUCAGUUAUAUCGGUGGUAGUGGCAGAAAGGAGCGGGGGAUGCUGGGAAAAUAGGGAGGCUUAUUGAGAUAAUAAUGUGGUCUACAUCGGUGACAGUCAUAAAACGGGUUGCCGCGGUGCUAAGCCACACAGGGGCGACGUGCACUCGCUCGAUCUCGUGAUGAGUGGGGGAAUCCAGUUGUAGGAACAAAACAUCUGCCAUUUCAUGCUUACAAAAACGGUUUUACUUGUUUUGGUUCUUAUAAUAUCUGUUUACAGUAUGAUAAGACCUGCCCACAUUUUAGAGGGAACACUGAUUUACUCCUUGUCAUCACAAAUAAAGCCCCACAUACAGUGGGGGAAAAAAGUCAACUAUGACAGACAAAUUGAGAAUUUUUUUCUCCAGAAAAUCACAUUGUAGGAUUUUUAAUGAAUUUAUUUGCAAAUUAUGGUGGAAAAUAAGUAUUUGGUCACCUACAAACAAGCAAGAUUUCUGGCUCUCACAGACCUGUAACUUCUUCUUUAAGAGGCUCCUCUGUCCUCCACUCGUUACCUGUAUUAAUGGCACCUGUUUGAACUUGUUAUCAGUAUAAAAGACACCUGUCCACAACCUCAAACAGUCACACUCCAAACUCCACUAUGGCCAAGACCAAAGAGCUGUCAAAGGACACCAGAAACAAAAUUGUAGACCUGCACCAGGCUGACAAGACUGAAUCUGCAAUAGGUAAGCAGCUUGGUUUGAAGAAAUCAACUGUGGGAGCAAUUAUUAGGAAAUGGAAGACAUACAAGACCACUGAUAAUCUCCCUCGAUCUGGGGCUCCACGCAAGAUCUCACCCCGUGGGGUCAAAAUGAUCACAAGAACGGUGAGCAAAAAUCCCAGAACCACACGGGGGGACCUAGUGAAUGACCUGCAGAGAGCUGGGACCAAAGUAACAAAGCCUACCAUCAGUAACACACUACGCCGCCAGGGACUCAAAUCCUGCAGUGCCAGAUGUGUCCCCCUGCUCAAGCCAGUACAUGUCCAGGCCCGUCUGAAGUUUGCUAGAGUGCAUUUGGAUGAUCCAGAAGAGGAUUGGGAGAAUGUCAUAUGGUCAGAUGAAACCAAAAUAUAACUGUUUUUCUGCAAAGGGACCAGGACGACUGAUCCGUGUAAAGGAAAGAAUGAAUGGGGCCAUGUAUCGUGAGAUUUUGAGUGAAAACCUCCUUCCAUCAGCAAGGGCAUUGAAGAUGAAAUGUGGCUGGGUCUUUCAGCAUGACAAUGAUCCCAAACACACCGCCCGGGCAACGAAGGAGUGGCUUCGUAAGAAGCAUUUCAAGGUCCUGGAGUGGCCUAGCCAGUCUCCAGAUCUCAACCCCAUAGAAAAUCUUUGGAGGGAGUUGAAAGUCCGUGUUGCCCAGCGACAGCCCCAAAACAUCACUGCUCUAGAGGAGAUCUGCAUGGAGGAAUGGGCCAAAAUACCAGCAACAGUGUGUGAAAACCUUGUGAAGACUUACAGAAAACGUUUGACCUGUGUCAUUGCCAACAAAGGGUAUAUAACAAAGUAUUGAGAAACUUUUGUUAUUGACCAAAUACUUAUUUUCCACCAUAAUUUGCAAAUAAAUUCAUAAAAAAUCCUACAAUGUAAUUUUCUGGAUUUAUUUUUCUCAUUUUGUCUGUCAUAGUUGACAUGUACCUAUGAUGAAAAUUACAGGCCUCUCUCAUCUUUUUAAGUGGGAGAACUUGCACAAUUGGUGGCUGACUAAAUACUUUUUUUCCCCACUGUAUAAGAUGUACAGUAUAGUUUAAGCAGAAAUCCAAUAAUUUACAUGUUUGGUCAAUAUGCACUCGUAUGUGUAGUAUCCCCAUGCAUGUUCAGAGCUCUCCACAUCUUUUGUUUAUUAAAGUGAUCUCUCUGAAAUUAAAUGCGUUCCCAACAUAUCCAGCCUAUUUGGUUCACGAUCUUUGAGCGGUCAAAGCAAUGAAUCUAUUUGAGCCACAAUGCUCUUACCUCCUACUCCCCUUUCCAAAGGCAGUAAAACAAGAGCAGGACUUUGAAACAAGCUUUGAUUUCCUUAUCUGCAUCGGAGCCAUGUUAUGAUCUCAGCCUUCUGAGCCUCCCCGCCACGCACCCUGAGUAUCAGUUAGCAGCAUGGCGCCUGACCACAGAGGCCAGGAGGAAAUUAAAGCACAGCAAAUCUGCCUAAUAAAGGCCUCCCUCAGAAAACAUAUGAGUGUACAUGAGGACCGGCUGGCAGCUGUGCCUAACCUCUUCACCCACAGUGUGUUUUGGAGGCUUCUCACAUAGUCACAGUACAAAAUUAUUCUCUAUAUGCCAUAUAUAGGAGCGGUUUUCAGUUCCAAUUCUCCAUUAAUGGCAAUUUAUUUUGUCCAGGACUAGGUUUAACCUAUUCACGGGAAUCCUCCCCAUAUAAUCUAUGGUAGUUAUUAUCAUAUAUGCAUGGAUUGUAUUUUUUGUUAAACAUACAGAAUAAUACAUACAGCAUUUCCACCGGGUGUCACUCAGCACCACUUUAAUUAAACAAACUCCAGGUAAUUGUCCAAUUAAGUGAUUUGUGAAACUUUUGAGACUUGGUAGAGUAUAGGUUAUACUUGUACACUGCAUUCACAUAUUUUUUAGUGUCACACUAAUCAUUCCUUUCCAUGCUGUUCCAUACUGCCCUGAGGAAGUAAUCCUAAUAUGUUGGAAUAGGCAUCAUACAGUACUGUAAGUUUGAUAUGACUGGCAAUAACUCCUCGUAACCUGGAAAGAUUCACAUUAAUUCUGUUAAUCCCGGAUUUAACUAGCAUUGUCCGGGAGCAAGUGAUAACUGUACCUAUAGUGUGGAUAUGAGCCGAGCGACAGUUCCUCAAAAACGGUCCCCAUCAUAAAAAUUCAGCCUCCAUUUGGUCAAGUGGGGGGUAUUUCUGGUGUGAAAAUUGUAUUUCUGCUGGCACCAUUCAAGGUCAUGCUUGGAACAUCAAUAUUUGUCACUACGGGGCUCAUCUUAAGUUGGCAUUUUAUUUGCUAAACGUCACUUGCAAUUAAAGUUGAUAAUAUAACUGGGGAAAGGUCACCCGCCAACUUGUGUGGUGCGAACAGGAGUCCCCGGCCGACUCAGACACCGCCCGCCGCCACCCGAGACCCCAUCGUUCUGUCACCCUCCCAAAACAUGCGACAUGUUCUCCAUGCCAUUGUGCUUUUAAUUACACAUAUUACACUGAUUAGAUUUGCAUUUCAGGUUCAUGGGCGCCCUUAAUUGACAAAGAUGAUUGCAAAUUAGGCGAGCGGGCAUCGUGACGGCCGGCUGCACUCCCCGUUUGUCACCUUGAAUAGACGCGAGUCACGCCGCUCCGAGUUCCACGUCACCGAGAUUAAUCUAGCGAUUUCACGAUCAGCAUAAAAGCAUGUGAUCAAAUUUAAUUCAGAUUUUUUUUGGGGGGGGCAUUCUGUGACCUCUAGGUUGGCUAAGGUGAUAUUUUGUGGAGAAUUAGGGCUGUGUAAGUUUGUGUCACUCUUGUUCUUGAUGUCUGUGCUAACUCUGUUGUGUUCUGCUCACUGCUCUCCCAGGCCCCAGUACUACAAGGUAAUAGAGGAAUGUGUGUCUCAGGUGGUCCUCCAUCGCAGCGGGAUGGACCCAGACUUUGGAUACAGAGAGAGACUGGAUGUAGACUUCACCCACCUCAUCGGUAGGUCUGCCAGAGCUCUGUCUUUCCUCUGACAUUUAAAAGGGUGAAUUUGCAGCCGGUUGAAAUUAUGUCAUUAUGAACACAUUUGAAACAGUUUCUGGUUUCUGGUUAGAAUUACAUAAUUUCAAACAGUUUUGCCUCCUAGGUCACCCUAACCUACAUACUGUACAGACAGAACGAAAACAAGUAAAAAAAAUAGCUUGAAUCAAUAUCUAUGUUUUUUUUAUACUAGUCUUGUUAUUCAUAUUUUGUCUCCUAAUCGGUCUAAAUCAUCCUCACAUAUUUUUCUGUUGUACUACGGACAGCAGGAUGUGGGUGUUGCUAAAAUUUUUGCAAUAUCCCUCUCAUUAUUAUGUAUCCCCAUUUCCCCCCCGAGAGCCUUCCCAGAAAAACCUGCAGCCACUUGACAUGUAUAGGAAAAGGUAGUCUAAUUAUGAAUAAAUAAUGCAUUACUUGUUAGGUGGGACUGUGGCACAUCAUGUCUCAUCAUAAGCACAUGGAGAUUUCACAGCGUUUUCACUCUGCCGAGGACAUUCAUCAGUCGAGUUUCAUGAAUCCUAGAGGAAACAAGGUCUAUUUGCCCCAAAUUAGAUAUGCAGUCAUUAAUUUCCUUCAAAUAGAGACAGAUUAAUGAAAUAACUGAGUGUUUUAAUUUUUGAUUUUUUGUUAUUCUGUUAGUAUCACUAACAGUUCUGUGGCAUCUUGCCAACAAAGUCUCAUUAAAAGUUUCCAAGCCCCUCCGUUAUUUUCUCACUGUGCUGUAAUGAGUUGAAAACAAAUGUUUCUGGGUUUUAAAAAAAUAAUUACAUCAGCAAACCUGCCGAACAGAAUACAAAUAUCCCGGGGGAUAUGUCAAGAAGAGAAUGAGCCUUUCCCCGCCCUUUCUACGCUCAUUCCCUCUCUGUCUCUCUGAUGUAAUAUUCAUUUUAGGUUUGAUCUGGAAUCUUAACAAUAUACAGUGUAAUUGAGAGAAUCAAAGUCACUUCAUGGUUGCUUACUGUCGUUGCUGCUGUCUGCCUCCUUUUGUCUUACAGAUCAGUGCGUGGAUAAAGCCAAAGUGGAUGAGAGCGAACUGAAGGCUGCUGAGUUCUCCAAAAAGGUGAGGUAUUAUGCAUCAUUCCCCUCAACGCCAUUGGUAUGCCACCACCACACUCCCAUCAGAAAUGUUUUCCCGCCCAGAGCUCCUGGUCCAGCUAUUGAUUCUGGGCCCUGAUCAAUAGCUGGUGAAAUAGUUCAACAAACUCUCUCAGAUAUGUUUUCGGAAUUAAGUUUUAAAGUAAAAGCUACAGUGUUGAGGAACUCCUGAAGCUUUUAGAGACUUUUUUUUUUUUUUUUUUUUACAUUUUAGUCAUUUAGCAGACACUCUUAUCCAGAGCGACUUACAGUUAGUGAGUGCAUAAUUAUUUUUUUCUUCAUACUAGUCCCCCGUGGUAAUCGAACCCACAACGCAGGCGUUGCAAGCGCCAUGCUCUACCAACUGAGCUACAUGGGUUCAGUAGUUUAUUAAGCAUCCACACCUACUUUAUUAAGCAUCCACACUGAUCUUCAAAGAUAGGGAAAAUACACUUCAUGCACUUUAUUUUUUAUGUAAUGAUAGACAGUACAAUCACUUUACACUAUAUAUUUGAAACCGAGCACCUCGAUUCGGUCUUAUGUAGCAACAUUUCACAUUACUGUCUCUGGUAAACACACACUAUAUCAAAUAAAAUCCAAGUUUAUUUGUCACAUGCACAGGAUACAGAAGGAGCAAACGGUACAGUGAAAUGGUUACUUGUAUAGUAGAAAUAUCUUGUCUAAAUUGAUGGGUCAUGUGAAAGAAAUGCUAUAACCACCCCCCAGCCACAUCUAGCUUAGUGGAUGGGUCACUAUUGUCUAGACAUGUACACAUGUUCAUGAAAAACAAUAGAUGGCCGUAAUCAUCCAUAGACACACCUAACUUGAUGGGUCAUGUAAUCAUCUGGCGAAGUGGAGUCUUUUGUUUAGACAUGUAGCUAGCUAGCUAGCUAAACAAUGAACCUGCAUAAUCCCAACUCAUCCUACUACCAAUACAAACAUUGUCAUAGCUGUAGUAUGAAUCUGCAGGUAGCUAAAGAGCAACUGUAACCAACUAGGUUCAAUGUUAGCUAGCUAACAUUAGGCUAUAAUUAGCAAUGCAAAUUAAUUUCUGAUUCAAAUAAUAUUACUACACAGAUCAUACACGUAACGUUAGCUAGCAAGCCAGCAAGCUAACGUUUGCUAUCUAGCUAACAGUACACUUUAACUUGCAAUGAAAACGACUUUCUGACAAAAUAAGAAACUUAUAAUAUCUGAAAAUGUAGCUAGACUCUUACCCGUAUACAUGGAUGAACACUUCAUGGCAGACUGGAACCAUUUAACUUUGUUAUGUUUGUAGCUACAUCUUGUUUGGCCAGCGUUGUGUCAAGUCACUCCAGUUCACACUGACUGUGACGUGUGCAGAAAGUAGCCCAUCACUUUUUCCAACUGAUCUGUCGAUAGCGCCUGCUAAAUUCAGGGCAUCAAUGUUGUUGAGAAAAGUAGCCAAACUUUUGUAGUUCUCGAUGGCUAACGUUAUAUCUUUAAAGAACGGCACAGUAGAAACGACUAUCAACACGUACUGACUAGCUCACGUUAUAGACUGAAGCAUGCUACAUGGCAGACCAAUCGAAACUCAUCUCCCGGCAUGUCCAGCCCAUCCAUUAUCUCAGCCAAUCUUGGCUAGUGGGAAGGUUCUUGUCUUUUUCCGUGACUAAACCAACUAGGCUCGUAAUUUAACGAUUAUAUUUGUAUUUAUGGAUGGAAUACAAGUUUGUUAUUAAAACACAUGAAAGUUCACAUAUUCCAGAAGGCAUUUCUGCCACAAAACACAUUUUGAUAAAACAAAUGUUGAAGUUCAAAUGCCUCCUGUGAAGUAGUGAUGCGCGAUAUACGCCUAGUUUCCUGAAACGAGUCACAUUUUUCAGUACACCACCAGUACUGUGAGUCACUGGUCCUUCCAGCAAAAUCCUCCAGAAGUGUUUUGGUGCAUGUGACUCAGACCUUAAAGGCAUGGUACUCAAGUUUGAACCCUAAAGGCAUGGUACUCAAGUUUGAACCAGUCCCUAAAGGCAUGGUACUCAAGUUUGAACCAGUCCCUAAAGGCAUGGUACUCAAGUUUGAACCAGUCCCUAAAGGCAUGGUACUCAAGUUUGAGCCAGUCCCUGAAGGCAUGGUACUCUAGUUUGAACCAGUCUGUAAAGGCAUGGAACUGUAUCACCAUGCCGCAGAUGCCCCCACAGUCCCCCCGCAAUAACCCUGCCUCUGUGUGGGGGACAUCUGAGGUGUCCUGGGUGUGAGUGGAAUGAGAGCAGUGUCCCCCCCCCCCCUGCGGCGACAGUAAAAACAUUGUCCUGACACAGGUUGCUUUCCCACAAAGGUUAGGUCCGUCACCAACACAUGAAAGCCAGACUCAAAUCACAGCCAGAGGACGAUGGGGUAGAGGCCACCAAAGGCCUAUGAAUAGAGGUGGGAGAUGGGGGGCCUGGUGCGUGCGAGACAGUGUGUGGGUGUGUUUCAGUGUGUGUUGACGUGCCCUGCAGUUGGCCGUUCACUUGAGACGCCCUGGUCCUGACCGGAGUGUGUGUUGUGUUGAAUUGUUGCAGUUCGAUGAAGAGUUCAGCGCCCGGCAGGAGGCCCAGGCCGAGUCCCAGAAGAAAGAGGAGAAAAUCAAAGAGCUGGAAGGGCAGAUCUGCAACCUGAAGACCCAGGUAAUGGCCAGAGGAGAGAGGAGGGGGCAUGCACACCCACUACUCCAGAUUGCAGUC